AUGGAUCGCUUAUUCCGGAAACGCACAGUCUCGACCAAAGAAGCACAUGGUAUCCCGGUCCGCUCCAACUCCUUCUCGAGCGAUCCUGUAUGGCCAGAGAAGGCGGCGCUGCUGAGGAAGAAGCAGAAGGGCAAGGGAGUGGACAAUGUGGAGGAGAGGCCGAGUAGGGGGGCCAGUCCAGCGAUGAAGGAGGCGCCAAAGCUGGAGCUGGACUAUCGGAAUUCCUUGAUCUUCCCAGGACUAUCACAGCGCUUCUCCAUCCUCUUGCCUUCGCUCUCCGCCAUACCCGCUAGCUCACUCCGAGACGAGCUCGCCAGCCAGCGCCAGCGUGGCGGUGCCGGACCGGCUUUGACGGAGGAAGAAGAGGAGCUCCUGAUUGCAGAGCUCCAGGACAUCGAGGCGUACAAGAACAAGUAUGCCCUGUCACCCCUGAGCGACUCGAGCGAAUGGGAAGGUCAGCCGCCAUUACCAUCUGCCUUUUCCUUGACAAGCCUGGCGUCUUCGGCUUCGGAGAACGAGUCUCGGCGAUAUCGGAGCGGAUACUCUUCUUCGGGCAUGACCAGCUCCUCGUCCACGCCCAACCUCCUCGGUACGGCUUCCCCAUCAUCCAUGUCCUCCUCCCCGCCCGUCAUCUCUCCCCCACCGACCUCUACCUCAUUUGACUCCUUCGCUACCUUUGGCGUCAGCUCCAGUCCGACAGACGAGCGGAACGCCAUCCGGACAAAAUCGUACGGUUUCUCUGGCGGGUCGGGGAUGAGGGAUCACGACUAUAUUCGCCGGGUCAAGAAGAGCGCUUCUAAUCGGAAUCUCAGCGGGUCGACUAGCCGGAGUAUGAGCAUACGGUCGGAUGACUCGCAGGACACGGCGGGUAGGCCAGAGCUGCCGCAGAUCGCGGUCGGAGAGGCGAAUGCGUACUGGGCAAAAGGCAAGAAGGGGAUGGGCUCGCCAACAGGGUCGGAUCGGACCGCUACACCAACUUCGGGGUACGCUAGUCCGCCCGUGCUAUCAAACGGUAUGGCGAAGCGGCAUCACUCACCUUCUUCAUCGCUCUCGCUGAACCUGCCGCCACCUCAGCCUGCACCAAGCGCCGCGCUGCCACCGGUACCAGCGAACGAGCCAAGUGUUGGCCGGCCGCAGAAACAGCGCAAGUCGAUGCUGCAAGGCUUGACUCCGGCGCAGAUGAGGCGCAUCUCGGCAGCGUUGGUAGAAAUUGGCCAGGGAUUGCAGAAGGGCGGCGGGCCAGUGCCGAUGGGAGUCAAGGAGGACGAGGAGGAAACGUUGCAUGAACCGGAGAGCUCGACUCGCCCGUCACAGGAGCGGCAUCGCUACCUCUCGAACGCUCGGUCGGAGGGUUCGGAGCACUCGACCGGAUCUUCCUCGGUAUUCCCCUACCACGUCUCGCCUACCACGAGCAGCUUUACGACGGCGAUCCAGCCGCCCUCAGAGCCAUCAUCACCGCCUGCACGGCCUAUACCCGCAUCUCCAAAGUCAAGGGAUCUUCAGGCUCACAUCACUCCAUCCCAUACCGAUUCAUCACCUAUUCCACAGCCCAACUUUACACCUUCCGUCCCCACUCAACCCCUCAUCAUCGCCGAGGCGACCCGUCCAGUCCCUAUCCUCACACCUACAAAAUCCCGGCCAGUCCGCCAUAAUUCCUCCUUAUCCACCGACUCGGCCUCUCCAGUCGCGUCAUCCAUACCAAGGUACAUUCCGGGUCAGCCCAGACCAGUCGGAUCAGUAUCAGGCUCGGUCCGGUCCGACGACUCGAGCUCGUCUCGCUCCGCCACACCUACAAAUCCGCAUACUCAACGGGUCGGCGGCUCCAAUGUCUCAUCAUCCCCAAACGGCGGACGGAAUAGGUCGGACUCGAACCCCUCGCCUAGUCGUCAGCUCCCAGUAGCGACCCGCUCCACCUCACUGGCACGGUCUCAGUCUGUCCAGCAGAGCGGAUCGCCCAAUAAUAAUCUCUCGCCCCCACUUUCGAGCCAUUCCCAGCCAUCUUCGAGCUCAGGGUAUCCCUCAAAGCGGGGAGUAGCGCAUACUCUCUCGCAGCGAGGCGUGCGCAGGCCGAACUCGCCACUCGUUAUGGCGAACUCCAGAGAUGAUAUUGCCGAGGCGGAUGAGCACGAGAGAGGCUCCGGAGAAGUCCGUAUACGGGAGGUACCCAGCCGGCGGAGCGUCGCUACCUCUCGGUCCGACUCUAUCGGCUCGUCUCUCCACAGUCCUCAUCCCGGAUCGAGACCCGAGAUCGCUCGCGCUCCAUCUCAACAGGGGUUCAUCUCUUCGUACCCCGAAGCGCCGGAAGAUUACACUACUGCGUUGGGUCUGGACCCACGGAGACGAGCAGCCUCCCUUUCUUCCAUUGGGUCGAGCUACCACGGGUCCAACGAAAGCGGGGAGGGGGGCUUCAGCUCAUUCGCGGACGUCCCGAUGACUCCAGAGGAGCAGAUUGGGGAGCUGCGGACGUUGACUGGGAUGGAGAAGGAGGAGUUUGCAGAGAUGCAAACGCGCUUGGUGGAUCGAGCAAAGGAGGAAAGGGAGGCUCUGCUGGGUGCCAUGGCGGAGAGAUCUUUCUCACCGGUACCGCAAGUGACCGCUUCAAGAUCCUUCCCGGUGGACCUUCGCGCUAUGUCCCCUCAACCCCUCCCGGCCUCCCGCGCGCUCUCGCCACCUCCCCUUCCCACCUACCGCGCCACCACCCCGGACAUCUCUGCACCUCGCGAAACUCCCACAUCACCCGUCCAGCUCGGCAAUGUCAUCACUCCGAUAGCUGCCGCUGGCGCAGUACCCACCAUCACUGAUCGUCGUCCCGCGCCACCUCCUCCUACCUCGUCGCCGCCCGCAGCCGCACCCUCGGAGGCGCAUGAUGAGAUCUCCACCCCUCGGACGGACCUCAGUCCGCAGGGGAGCGGGAGUCAACCUCGGUCAGGAAAGACUACCACCCCAGGAGACGAUCCCGAGAAGAUCCGGGAUUUCGAGGCGCGGAUAGCAGCCGCUACUGCUGCUCUCCAUCGGACGCCUACAUCAGGCAGCGGGUCAAAGCUGGAGAGGAAGAAUACCAAGACCGGAAAAGGGCCGAUGGUCAUUGGUACGCCUCGCCUCUUGUCCUCCUCGGUCAAUCUGGCAUCGAAACGCCUUGAUCCAAAUUCUCCCGAAAUGGCGGUCGACACCCAUACCGCCAAAGCGCUGGAGCAUGCCAGCGGAUCCUCCAAGAAGAUGUCGCUGCGGUGGCGGAAGCUAGGCUUCGGGAAGAAGGGACCGAGUAUUUCGUCCGGAGAGAUAUUCUCGCCUCCAUUGCCACAAGCGACAUCCGCAUCGACCAGCCCUAAUCUGAAAACGCUGGAGGAGCCGAUCGCGCUGUCGGCUGGCCAGCAGGUGAUCAUGCCCGCCCCGGGAGCCGAUCUGAAGGACUUCAAAUUUCCCAAUUCUGCGGCGUCGGACCGGCCCAUCAUGCCCACGAUGCCGUCUACAGGCAGCGGAGCCAGCACCGGAACCAGGUCGGAUCUGACUUCGCCACCGGGUACGGCCAAUCCGACCACGGGGUUGCGGCAGAUGAUGGGCAAGUUCAGGCGGGGAAAGAGCGACGAGGUGGGGAACCUGCUUGCCUCGGGAUCGCCUAUCCAGGGGGCUUCUCAAUCCUCCACCGCUCCGUCGACUGCUUCCAGCACCAAGGCCAGCGGGCACGCACCUACCGCCUCGGACGACUCGGCGAUGGCCAAGUUUAUCGCCGCCGGGAAGGCUGUCGGGCUCAACGAUGCCCAGCUGCACGAGAUGCUGCUCGCCAACGGGAUGCUCCAGCGAUCGACAACCACCGGGAGUGCGCGAUCGGCUGCCUCGCAAGCCAAUACAAGCGGGUUCAGCGUCGCUUCGCCAUCACCCCUCACGCCUUCCAGCACCACCAUGGCGUCCAUGCCCGCUGUUGCUGCCAAGGCUAAGGAGGUGGAAGAGGAGAAGGAGAAGGGCGCAGGUGGUGGGAUUUUCCGCGCACUAUCUCGCAAAAAGAGCAAGGCGGGCUUAGCGCCAAAGCGUCCGGACGAAGCUGGAGCGGAACCCGCCGAAUCUCGAAACAAGAUUGUCCGGCGCACGCUGCUCCUCCCAGAAGCUCUGCCCGUCACCCCCCAGCCCAACCGCUCUCCCAAUCCCAAUCCUAGCCCCAACAUCAAUCUCGACUCCCCCACAAAUAUCAGUUUCGGUCGGAAACCGUCCACCCGCCGGAAGCCGAUUCCGCUCACGCAAGAGGAUCAGCGGCUUGUAGCUGGUGACUCGCUGCGGGACCGACAGACGAGUCAGACCAGUAUCAGUACCGAUGCUUCAGUCGGACGCGAGGGGCAGACGGCGGGACUGGGCUUCUUGCAUCCCCUCAGCGCACAAGAGGGGGAUGUUGGGGCAAGCGAUACGUCUGGCGGGUCGCUGUACGACCUGUACGGGAACGCAGAUGAUAAUGGGAGCAAUCCAGGGAACAAGGGCAUCGAGAUAAUGGAAUACGAGGAUGGACGAGUCGUUUGGGGAGUGAUCGAUGCUUUACGAGACGACGAGGCGGACGAGAGCGACUAUACCCAAGGCGGUCAGCAUUCUCGUCAAACGUCCUACGCAUCCUCGCAUCUCGUCUCGGAAGCAAACGAGGUGGCAGCUGCGAAUGGAUGGAAGGGGUCAGUGGCGCCGCUUCAGCUGAGGCACCGCGAGAGGGGAUCAGAGCCACCUCUUGUCAGACCGGAAACCAAUCUCUACUUCACCUCACCCACCGAUAUUGGAGACCUCAUCGACCAGCUCUCGCGCGACCCCGGCGGGAACAAGGGCCGGAUCGACUUCUUUCCGCCUUCCCCAGACCCCACGCACACCACCCAUCCCUCUACUUCUACUUCACCCCUUCGCGCCGCUCCUGGCCAAUUCGAAGACGCCCCCUCUCCCCCUCGCAAAGCUGCGCCCUCGCCGAUCAUCAUCGCACGAACCAACAACAUUCCCGCUGGCGGCUUCAGUCCCAAGCGACAGAAGCACAUUCGUCAGGGCGGGUUCGGGCGGCCAGGCGGAGGGAGUAUUGGCGGGAAUGCAGGACUGGGCAUCGGGGCGGCAGGUGCAAGUCCGAGCGCGGCGAGCUUUACGAGCAGUACGCAGAGUGGGGAGCCGGGGAGUGGCAAGGGAGUGGAGGAUAGGCUACAGGCGUUGAUGGAUAGGCUGGUCAGCUCGGGGGCAACGCGGAAGGUGUAG